GCGUUUUCCCUCCCACCCACCCCUUUGCCUGCAUUCCCGGUUUGGUAUAGUGCCACGUUAGCAACAGUGCCAUGUCAGCAGUGCCAUGUCAGAACAGUGUCACGUCAGCAGUGCCACAGUGCCACGCCAGCAGUACCACAGUGCACGUCAGAAGUGCCCCGCCACCAUGACGGGCUCAGCUCUGGGCAUGCCAGGCCAACUGGCCAAUGAGUCCAUUGCCGAGUACCGACAGCGUUUCGAAGCACUGAUCGAGGCUGAGGAACAGCGCCAGGCGGCGGCCGAGGCUGCCUGCCUACAAGCUGAGGCGGCGGCCGAGGCUGCCUGCCUACAAGCUGAGGCGGCGGCAACAGUUGAAAAGCAGCGGCUUCAAGCCGAAGCCGAAGCAGACACCCAGGCACGGAGCAAGGAGGCCCAGGAUCUGACUUGGAGCAAUCUGCACCAAGACCAGAUGCUGGCGAGUCCAGAAGUGCACCCUCUACCCGCCAAUUGGAGGAACGAGUUGACCACGUCGCUCGGCGACAUCAGCACCUUCGCUGCACCAGCCACCAUCAGCAAGCAGCUGGACACCUUGAAGACCGAGGUUCAACAACUGCACCAGCUGCCCAACAAGGAUGGCAACACCACGCAGCACUACAAGAUGCCGACAUUCCGCAUCGAAAAGUUCGAUGAUUAUACGCAUCAAGACCCGGUCCCCUGGUGGGAGGGCUUUACGACGGAACUUCGAAUUCUUUUCGUCCCCGAGCACUCGUACAUCGGCGCGUUGUUCCUCAACUCAAAGGGCGGAUGCCAGAUCUGGCUUAGCCACCUGGCAACCAUCCACGGCGUUGAUGUCGCCGAUCUGCACACGAAGAUACCUUGGGCAGAUCUGACGAAGCUAUGGAAGAAGCGGUUCAUCGUGGACGACGCCCCGACACUCGCCAUCAACCGUCUCUUCGCUAUGACGCAAGGCAACACAUUGACAUGCGACUGGCUCACGGAAUGGCAAAAGAUUGCGGCGACGCCGGAUCUCGAAUUGCCAUUUUCGCAUCUGCGUCGGGAGUUCUACAACCGGUCAUGUGCCGCCUUGAGCCUUGCACUUGGUGAUCGCGAGCAAUACGUGACCUUCGCCGAAAUCAUCGACAAGGCAGGGGAGAUCAUCAAGACCAAUAGGGCGGUUGCACACGAGAAGUCGGCAUGGUAGCCAACCUAUGUGGAGAAAGGAAAAUUUGGUCCGCGUCAGCAGCAUGUCGCUGCAGUCCACACGGACAACAUUGUGGAAGAUCCGGCAGCCACCCAAGC